AUGAAACCGUACAAUGAUAUUUUUGACCUUAUGGAUGACAUCAAUGAUGAGCUUCAAUUUACAGCAGAAGAAUUAAAUCGUUACUUCCUAUUAGGUCAUUUAAAGCAGACUAUAAACGAAGAUGAAUAUAUGGAAACGGAGAGUCUCAGUAAUCCUUGUCAUAUUCAAAACAUCGAAAAUGAUGAAGAAGAAGAACAACAGCAUCAAGAUGGCGAAGCCAUUUUAUCAGAAAAAAUGAGUCAGUUAUCCACGAAAAGUGGAAAUGAAACUGAAACAAUGUCUGCUACGGUUAAAAGAAGAAGAUUAAAUAGCUCAAAUACAAGUUCAGAGAAAAUGAAAAUAUCAUAUGAUGAUGAAUCCGAAGAGGAAGUAAAUGACUUUUUUGGAAAAGAAUAUGAAGUGCCAAAAUAUUUACUAAUUAGCCAUAAAUCUUUUACUCGUAUGGCUCAACAUAUUCGAAAAACAAAUGAUUCAGUUACUGUGAAUGAUAUACAUGAAUUGGUAGUAUUUAUGUACCAUAUUGGAACUUUACAUAUCAAGAAACAAAUUACAGAAGCCUAUUUGAAAUCAGUUACAGGUACUUUACAAGAACCAGAUCAUGAUUUCGUUGAAGUUGAUUGCCGAGUAUUACCGAAUCAAGUCAAAUUACUUAUGUUAAAAAAAGGCAAAUUACUACCAAUGGCGUCUGAUACAGCUUCGACUAUAAUGGAAGCAAACACAGAAUACGAAAAAUUUCUUCAUCAAUAUAUACAAGAAAUCACCCAGCAUAUUGAAUACAUUCAGCAAAAAUACAAUGACAAGAAGACCUCUUUAAUUGGCUUAACACCGACCAUCGAACACUCUGUCCAUAUCUAUGUCAAAGAAUAUGCCAUUAAACCAUAUGAAUUGAAACGUAAUGUGAUUAUAGCAAAGAUAACAUAUAAUUAUGAAUUAGAAAUACUUAAACGAAAAUAUUUAGAAGAGAAACCAAAUCAGUAUCAAAUUGAAACUGCACAGCGUCUUAUUGAUCGAAAAUGUCAACUUGAAAAAUCAAAAAGAUUAUUAAUGGAAUUGAAGCAAGGCGUCUUCUUUCAUAAAUCAUUUAUAUCUUUCGAUGCUCUUAAACUAGAAAUACCAAUGUUGCCAAAUAGUAUACCAGCGAAUGAUAAAAUUGAACAACAAUUUUCAAAUAAACAUGAAAAACUGAUUGAUUAUAAGAAACUUGAUUCAUUAGCUAUACAUGUAUUGGAAGCUGAAAUGGCGUACUUACGAUGUCAAAAUAUAUUCGAUUCUGAACUAUCUAAAAUGUGGACAAAUCAUCGUAACUUAGUUAAAAAUCAAGCAAUGACUACAACAUUAAUUCGUUUGCUUCAAAAACGGUUGGAUAACAAACAGCAACUACAAUUAUUAAGUCGUGGACCAAUUUAUGUGCCAAUAUGUCAGACGUAUAUUUCGGAUUCGAAUCAAUCUAUGCAUGAUAUUGUCAAGAAACAAUUUGCGCCAUUAAAUUAUCAAUUAGCUGGUUUAUUUUCAAAACAUAACAUUCAAUUUCCACUGCAAACGGAAUUUCAACAGAAAAUUUAUCAAAAAUUUGAAGAGUUAUUUUCAACACCAAUACCAUCGUCUUUAAAUCAGCGUGCUUACUAUGAAAGGCAAUUAAUUCAAUCCAUUCAAAAUUCCUUAAACAAAAAUAAUCUUAUUUUACGACGGACUGCUAAUAAUAUGAAUACGUUCUAUGUGGGCAACAUGCAAGAUUUCGAAGCAAAAGCCGACAAAUUUAUGGAUAGAUCGGAAGAUUAUAUAGUUCUGUUCGAUUUAGAUGAAGAAUUUAAGCAAAAACCAUGGUAUAAUUCAUUAAAUGAUAUGAUUGAAUCAAUGAAUUCUUCCUUGGAAAAAUUAAAAACAAAUAUAUCUAUCAAACAUAAUUCAUACCAACAAAUAGUGGCUGAUCCCACUAAAGUCAAACUCCCAUAUUUGUAUUUCUUACCCAAUAUUUCCAAAGAUAAUACUAAUAUUUUAUUAGUACCAUUUAUUGCUACAGACUACAGUGUGACAUGGAAUAUUGGCAAGUACUUAAAUCAAUUAUUGCGACCCAUUGUUGAUAAUAUUUUACGAGCAACAACAUUCUAUGAUGAAGCUGAUUUUAUUCGAAAACUAAACCAUUAUGCUAAUAUAGAGCAUCGUCUACGUUCAACAACAGUCUUGUGUACGAUUACAAUAUCUAAUUUUUAUGCUUUGGAUACCCAUAAAAAUAUGCUCGAUGUUGUUGAUUAUUUCUUAACAGAUAAUUUAGCAUCUACCAAACUUGAAGCGCCAACAAUUCCAACUAUUCGAGAUUUACUAUAUUUAUUUCUUCAUAAUAAUGUCUUUUAUUAUAAGAAUAAAAUCUAUGCAUUUACAAAAGGUAGUCCAAAUACGAUACCAUUAACAGAAACAUUAUCAAAUAUUUAUUUAUUUGAGUGGCAAAAGAAAAUACUGAAAGAAAUAGAUGAAAACAUAGAAUUCUCCGGAAGAUAUAAAGAUCAGAUCUUCUUUACAUGGAAUAAAUCAAGUGCAUUAGAACUUGAAAGAUUUAUAGAAGAUUUUCGAGAAAAACAUCGAAAUGUACGUUUUCAAAAAUUAAUCGGUACAACUGUACAAUUUCUUAACGCUUACAUUGAAAAUCGACAAGGUCAAUUAUUUACUCGAGUUCAUUAUGAUCCCAACAUUCCACGUUACAUAUUGCCAUAUGUUAUACGUCAUGCAAAAUCAGCUAUCAGUGAUUGGUUACGAUCAGCUUUAAUUCGUGCUGUAUGUUAUUGUACAUCGGCUGAUGAUUUUCAUCAAGAGCGAAUUUAUCUUGAAUUAACUCUUCUGACUAGUGGUUAUUCAUUAUUAUUCGUUGAAACUCAUGUUAAACAUUUUUUCAAUUAUUUUCAUGCUGAAACUAUGCGGUUUUGGAGAAAUCAAAAGGCCUAUGAUAAAUUUCGUGGUCAAUGGUUUAAUUUCACACAAAAUCGAGAGAAACUUUCAAAAGAACUUGAAAACUUUGAUCAUCAUGGUGGUUUAUUUCGCUUGAACUAUAUGUAUGACUUUGGACCACGAUUUCGAUUCAAUCGAGAAUUUCAUCGACUUUGGUGUGCAUAUUUUCAGCAUCAUCCAAUUCUUUCAGAGAAAAACACAAAGAUAAUGCUAACAAGCCAAAAUGUUUAUUCAUUAAAUACCUUAUUAGCUGCACCAAAAUCACCUCAUUUAAAUCAACCAUGA